CAUAAACACACACACAGUGAUUGUUUAAAUCUUUUGUUUCUACUCUUUUCCCUAUAAUCUAUAUAUAUUAACAUUUAAUUUGUAACCCAAAAAUGAGUUCUGAUUCUGAUGAAUACGGUCUUCCUCUCCCAGAGAGUUGCAUCAUCGUGGGGUUUGGUGGAGUUUGUGUGGAUUUAUUGGCAACAGUGACAUGUUUCCCAGUUCCAGACUCCAAGAUGAGAAGCACCCAACUCAAGGUCCAAGGUGGCGGAAAUGCUGGAAAUGCUUUAACUUGUGCUGCUCGGUUGGGAUUAAAGCCAAGGAUCAUUGCAAAGGUUGCAAAUGAUAUUCAAGGUAGGGCCUUGUUGGAGGAGCUAGAAGUUGAUGGAGUUGACACUUCGUUUAUGGUGGUUUCUAAGGAAGGGACUACGCCAUUUAGCUACAUCAUUAUUGACACCCAAAAGAAGACACGAACUUGUAUAUUCAAUCCAGGAGAAUAUCCUCCAAUGAAACCUGAAGAUCUUCAUAGUACUAACUUGGUAUCUAUAUUGGCUGGAUCAAAAGUGGUUUAUUUUGAUGGAAGGAUGCUUGACACCGCUAUUGUCAUUGCUCAAGAGGCAUUUCAGCAGAAUAUACCUAUCUUAGUUGAUGCUGAAAAACCAAGGAAAGGAUUGGAUAAUCUCUUAAGAUUGACCGAUUAUAUUAUAUGCUCAGAAAAUUUUCCACAGGUUUGGACAGAGGCAUCAACUAUCCCAAAAGCACUAGUUUCAAUUAUGUUAAGGUUACCAAAACUCAAAUUUGUGAUUGUAACAUUGGGAAAAGAUGGUUGCAUAAUGCUUGAGCGAUGUGUGGAUGGUAUUUCUCCAUUAGAAGAAAUGGAUAUUGAUAGCACAUUUGAGUCAUUAACAAAGAGAAAGGAUGAUACCAUAACCAUGCCUACCUGUAUAGCUUCGUCUAUAAUGAAGUUUAAAGCAAAAGGAGAAGGAUGUAUGUGUGGGAAGUUAUAUAUUGGAACAGCUGAAAAGAUUCCACCAUCAAAACUUAUUGACACAACUGGUGCUGGAGAUGCAUUUGUUGGAGCUAUUUUAUGUGCAAUAUGUGCCAACUUUUCGCCACAGAUAAUGUUGACAUUUGCCUCUUAUGUGGCAGCCACCAAUUGUAAAGCUCUUGGAGCUCGAAGUGGUCUUCCAUAUCGUACUGAUCCCUAUCUUGCAUCUUUCACACACUAGAGCCUCAAUUUGGGUGCCUAAAAAUUUAAUAUAUAUAGUAUAGAAAAAAAUCAAGUGUAUUAAAAAUAUUAGUGUUUCGGUAAUUUUAGUUAUUGAUUUUAACUAUGUAUAUGUUGUACGAUUGAAAUAAAUAAAUAAAAUUAUUGAAA